GGGCGAGGGCGCUGCAAGCGCGACAGACAUGAUGCAGCAUCGGGUGCUGCUGCUGCGUGCUCUACGCUCCCGACUGGCUCGGGCGCUAGCACAGCUAACGGAGGCGGCAGCUCUGUUGCGGCUGGGCCCGGGCGCGCUGACGCAGCUGGAUGCCCCCGCGGCGGCGCGAGGAGCGGCGGCGGUGGGAGCAACGACCGGCCUGGCGGGUACGGCAGCGGCGGCGGCUGACCUGGCGGCGGCGGCGGCAGCGGGCGCCUCGCAGCGGGAGCAGCAGCUGCAGGCGGUGGAGGAUGCGGUGCGGUGUGCCGUGCGCGGCAUGCUGGCGGCCCUGCAGGGCCUCAUGCACGCCGAGCACCACCACAGCCACCAGGAGCACCACCAGCAGCAGCACCAGUCGAAGGGUGAUGAGGGACAUGCGUCAGAAGGCCGGCAGCCCGCUGCCGCCCCCGGCCCCGGCGCCGCCUCCCGGCCCCUGUCUCAGGAGCUACGGGAGCUCUUGGACCUGCUGCGGCUGCGACCGCUGGCAGCGCAGGCGCUGCAGCUCAGGCCGGGGGGGCAGGGGGCGGCCGGGGCGGCCGCUGCGGGGACGGAGGAGGGAAGGUCAGCAGCUGGGUCCUCCGCGGCGGCUGUGGCUGCGGCUGCUGGUGGUGGGGUUGGUGUGCCCGCGGGAGUGCUGGAGGUGACGUCGGGCGGGGGCUCCGCGAGGACGGCGCUGGACGCAGCCAGGAGGGCGGCGGCGUUGUCAGGGCCCCUGGUGCCCCUGCCGUCCAGCGCCCGCAUGCCCUCCCGCUUCCAGCUGUACUGGCUGCGGUACUGUACGGCAGCGGGGGUGCUGCUGUACGGCGGGGCCUUCCUGCUGCGCCACAGCCGCCUGGCGGGCAGCGACGACCUGGACAGGUGGAUCCUAACCGCCCUCACCGCCGUACGCUCCGCCCUGCGCACCCACGUGGUGGAGCCGCUGCUCGCCGUACGUGACGAGCUCUUCCGUACCUUCCGCGACCGACCUGCCAUCGUGUCGCCCCAGGACUUCAGCGUCAGUCGCGACUCGCUGCUGCGCAUGCUGCAGGACUUUGCUGCCGACCACAAGACCACGCCGCUGCUGCCUCCUUCAUCAACACCUCCGCAAGGCGCUAGCGCCAGCAGCGGCAGCAGCGACGCUAGCAGCACCACCUCUAGCAGCAGCAGCAGCAGCGCCCCGCCUCCUCCCAGCCCCUCUGAUGCCUCCUCCUCCUCCCCCGCCUCCACCACCUCUCCCUCCCCCUCUCCAGCCCCUGAUGUCCCAACCGCCUCCGCUGCCUCGUCUUCCCCCACCGACGACGCCGCGCUGGCCUCCGGCAUGUCGCUGCUCAUGCGCUCCUACGAGACCGAGCUGCGCCACCCGCUGCGCAACCUGCUGCUGGGAGACCUGGCGCGUGCGCUGCUGAUCCAGGUGCAGGGAGUCAAGGUAGAUGGCGAGGCGGCCAUGCUGCGUAUGGACCAGAUCCUGCGCGCCAACGAGCUGUCGCUCAGCCUCAUGGCGGCGCUGCCGGCGCUGGGGUUCACAGUGGCGGCGGCGACGGGGCUGGCCAGGCUGCUCAUCCCCCGCGCGCCCGACCGGCGGCGCGAGGCCAUUCCCUCGCGGCUGGCCAUGGGGGCACUGGAGGUGGCGCUGGGGCAGCUGGCGGAGGCGGAGGAGCGGGAGGGGCAGGGGCAGGAGGCGGGUGUUGCGCUGGAGGAGCUGCGGGGGCUAGUGGUGUUCCGGCUGCACCAGGUCUACUCCCGCGUGACGUCGCUCUACGCGCACGCCGACCGCACCUCUCGCUACUCCGAGUGGCGCCCUCUGCAUGCAGACCUGCUGCGGCUCGCCGCGCCCGCCCCCGCCGCACAGCGGCUGGCCACCCACCAGCGCAUGAUGCGCACCUACACCGUCUUCCAGCGCUAGGCGGGCACUCGGCGGCACCAAGGGCGCGGAAGGCGUGUGGCGCGGGUUUGGAGGUGGGCCGCUGAGGCAGCGGAUGGGUGUUUGUGAUGUGUGUGGAAGGGAUAUAGGGCGUGCGAAGACCAGGCGUGCGAAGGAGGGGAUACUGUUUAGGAGGGGUAGUGUGUAGUGGCGGUGGUGUGGUUGAGAUGGGUUGUUACUUGGCGAGGGUUCGACGGAGUGGUUUGGAAAGGGGUUCAUGUAGGUUUAUGGAGGGUGCGGGGGUUUCAGGAGGAUUGUUUGGAUGUGGGUCACAUCUGGGCGUACGGGCUGGGUUACGAGCGUGCACAUGGGUUGGCUUUCCUGACCGGUGGAGGUAUCCUUGUGCCGCCCUGUGGAAGUGUUUGGAGCUGCAAGACUGUGUAUGGAUUCUACUCCUAUUAUCGUAGGGGCUAUAUCCUUUGUUGGCCUAUAGCUGUACAGGCGGGAUUUCGUGUGCCAUAGCGACAUGAGCACGAGGAUAUCCUCCCGGUAUACCCACCCUGUGAUCACGGGCGGACGUGUCAAUUCGUUCAAAGCUGGUUUUCUGUUGUUAUCGCAUAUAAUUAUAGGGCCGGCUAAGCCUAUUUUAUGCCCGCUGGCUUGCGGCUGUUCGACUUCUACUUGCGCUUGUUGCCGACUUCUCGUUUUAGCGUUUAAAUGCUAUGCUGCCG